UCUAAAUACAAUUAGUGGUAGAAUAGGUUAGGUAGGCUCGUAGCCGCGUGAAUGUACCGGCGGAAAAAGUUGAAAAUCUGACACGAGUGAUGUCUCUCGAGGCGAUUCAUUAAACCGUCGGGCUUUGGUUGGUACUUAGUCUGGACAUUUUUCUUGUCACGAUUCCGAUUUGUGAGGGAGUUGACUGGAAAUGGAAUGAGUGAAUCCUCAUCAGUUACUGAUUUAAAGAACGGCCGUUCUCGCAUAAAGAAACUUCGACGUGACUGAAUAUAGCACAAUAUUCGACCACUCUUAUCAUUGGACAACGACAUUUGUAAGAAUACAGCGACUACGAUAAAACGAAAUUGCUCUUGGACAUCUUGUGACGGGAUUCAUUUGACCAAAAUGUCUGUAAAUAUACGUUGCGCAACCACAGAAGACUUGCUAAACAUACAACACUGCAAUUUACAAUGUCUACCUGAAAACUAUCAGAUGAAAUAUUAUUUAUACCACGCUCUCUCUUGGCCACAACUGAGCUACGUGGCGGAGGAUGAGAAAGGAAGAAUAGUGGGAUACGUGCUCGCCAAGAUGGAGGAAGAUUGCGAAGACAAUCCCCACGGUCACAUCACCAGUCUGGCUGUGAAACGCUCUCACAGAAGACUCGGCAUCGCGCAGAAAUUGAUGAACCAGGCUUCCAGAGCGAUGGUAGAAUGUUUCGGAGCGAAGUACGUUUCGUUGCACGUGCGCAGGAGUAAUCGCGCGGCUCUCAACUUGUACACAAGUAGCUUGCAGUUUGAAGUGUCGGAGGUGGAACCAAAGUAUUAUGCUGAUGGCGAAGAUGCUUACGCUAUGAAACGUGAUCUCACCAGCUUCCAUCACGAGAAGGCUCUUCGGGACAGAGCGCACAAGGAGGGCAACGUUCACACGCACCUCGGCAGAUGUUGCGGCGAUCAUUCGUAGCCCGUUCCUCGUCUGCUGCUGUCGAAUUGGUACUGAUUCUUGGAUCACUCGCUUUGUACUAUAUCAUGUGAACUUGAGAAAUUCGUUGCAUAUUUUUGCUGAGGAAAAAAAUUCAAUAAAAAUUAUUACUAGAACUAGUUGUGGAUACUUAAUCACUUUCUGUAAAAUAAAAGCUUCUGCUAAUCAAAGCCCGACUUGGAUACACUGGUAAUAUUUUAUAUGCGACUGUAUGAAAGCUACAUAUUUGUCAAGAGAGACAUAUUUGCACAAUUGAGUAAGAUUUGACCUUGGGAUUGUUGUAUCUUUCAACUUAGAUUAUAUAAGUAUUCGUAUUGUGUUUCGUUUACACUGUAAUGUAAUUAAAACUUAGAUAUGUAAUAUAAAAAAAAAUAAAGGAUUCUCGAGAAAAGCUACCUA